AUGAUCACCUUUGGUAAGCAAAUACUAAAUUUAGUUGAAGGUUAAGGAAUAAAUACUCAAACCAAGGAAUAUUUCCCUUAAGGAAAAUGGAUGACUAGUCCUUAUUUUUAAAAUUAACCAUAUGAAUAAUUUUAUAGAAAUUUGACGACUUUCUUUCUAUUAAUAGAGAAAUAAAAAAACCCUCCAAUCUCCAAUUAACAAAGUCAAGUUUCUUUAUCAAAGUUAUUUAAUGAUCAAUUAAAUCAAAGAGAGUUCAAACUCAAAAAUUUAGAAGUCUAAAUGUCAUCCGCAGCAAGUAGGCUUCAACUCUGUAUGAGAGUAUAUUUGAUCUCUUCCAAUAUUGCGUACUCCUAUGGUAAUAAAGAUCACUAAAAGGUUAAAAUAAUAAUAAUACAAUAAUCAGAACCAAAUCUAUCAUUUAUUUUUGGACUAUAAAAUCAAAUAAUCCAUAGCAAGAGUUGUUCGAAUUUAACAAACAUACUAAAUUUAAAGAAACCAGAAUUGAAAUAGAAUAUUUAGAAUAUUUAACAAUAAGAGUCUGUUUCUCCUAAUAAUAGGCAAAAUCUAGGGCAAUAAAGAUAUUUGUAAAAUUAGAACUUCUAAAUGAAGAUUUAAUAAUUUGGUAAUCAUUAACCCAACCAUGCUUAAUAAGUAUUAUAACAAAAUCCUUAAACACAGCUAUAGGAAAUGAAUCAAAACCAACCUCCUCAAGUGAACGAAGAAGCCUCAGAACUUCUAACUACAUAUGAGGUUUCUGAGAUUUCAAUUAAGUCAGUAGCUCAACCACCAAAGCCUAAAUUUAUCUAUUCUAUUACUAAAUACUAACAAAAUAUGCAAAUUUAGUGUGAUACCUGUUAAGAAUUAUAUCAGAAAAGUCCAGAGUAGUAGAUUUCUUUACCUUGUUGCAGAAAAAUUGUUCAUAAAAGAUGCAUGGUGUAGGAACUUGAAACUAAUGAAGAGAUCUUAUCGAAUAUGAAAUGCAAGUUUUGUAAAAAAGUUUUUGAGAGAGAUUUCUUGAUAUAAAAUGUACGUCCAGAAAUUUUUGAUUAAACGAUAAAUAGAUUAGAGUACUUAGAGGAAUGCCCUAUUUGCUUUUAGAAAUUAAUAAUUUUCCCUUGUUAGGAAAAGUAGCCUGUUCGAUUGGAAUGCAAAAGUUGCAACACAAGUAUUUGUACAAGGUGUAUGUAAGGUUUUCAUGAAUCAGAUAAACUUGUAAUAUGUUUUGAUAUUAAAAGUGUUAGGAGCAUCCAAAUACUGCUUUCAGAAGAUUUUAAAGAUAGCCAACUUUAUGUUGUACAAUUCGCACUUCUGCUCAGCUUAACGAGAAUGGAACCGAUCAAAUUACUAGUAAUUAAAACAAAAUAGAUCUUGUAUCUGUGAACAGAAGAUCAAUUCAAUCGGUUGGAAAUGUUCAAAACAGAUAAAAAACAAUAAUUCAAGAGAGAGUAAAAAUAUUUGAAUUGUUUAUUAGACCACUAAGAAUUAGAGUUCCAUUCCAAAUGAACUUGAGUCUAAUAAAAACGGAUUUUGAAUUAGAAUAAUUCUUAUAUUUAAUUUCAAUUAUAAACAUAGAUAAACAUAUUAAUUUACUGAUUUAGAUUAUACAUUUCAUCUUUCAAUAGUAGUUGAACANCAAGUUUCUUUAUCAAAGUUAUUUAAUGAUCAAUUAAAUCAAAGAGAGUUCAAACUCAAAAAUUUAGAAGUCUAAAUGUCAUCCGCAGCAAGUAGGCUUCAACUCUGUAUGAGAGUAUAUUUGAUCUCUUCCAAUAUUGCGUACUCCUAUGGUAAUAAAGAUCACUAAAAGGUUAAAAUAAUAAUAAUACAAUAAUCAGAACCAAAUCUAUCAUUUAUUUUUGGACUAUAAAAUCAAAUAAUCCAUAGCAAGAGUUGUUCGAAUUUAACAAACAUACUAAAUUUAAAGAAACCAGAAUUGAAAUAGAAUAUUUAGAAUAUUUAACAAUAAGAGUCUGUUUCUCCUAAUAAUAGGCAAAAUCUAGGGCAAUAAAGAUAUUUGUAAAAUUAGAACUUCUAAAUGAAGAUUUAAUAAUUUGGUAAUCAUUAACCCAACCAUGCUUAAUAAGUAUUAUAACAAAAUCCUUAAACACAGCUAUAGGAAAUGAAUCAAAACCAACCUCCUCAAGUGAACGAAGAAGCCUCAGAACUUCUAACUACAUAUGAGGUUUCUGAGAUUUCAAUUAAGUCAGUAGCUCAACCACCAAAGCCUAAAUUUAUCUAUUCUAUUACUAAAUACUAACAAAAUAUGCAAAUUUAGUGUGAUACCUGUUAAGAAUUAUAUCAGAAAAGUCCAGAGUAGUAGAUUUCUUUACCUUGUUGCAGAAAAAUUGUUCAUAAAAGAUGCAUGGUGUAGGAACUUGAAACUAAUGAAGAGAUCUUAUCGAAUAUGAAAUGCAAGUUUUGUAAAAAAGUUUUUGAGAGAGAUUUCUUGAUAUAAAAUGUACGUCCAGAAAUUUUUGAUUAAACGAUAAAUAGAUUAGAGUACUUAGAGGAAUGCCCUAUUUGCUUUUAGAAAUUAAUAAUUUUCCCUUGUUAGGAAAAGUAGCCUGUUCGAUUGGAAUGCAAAAGUUGCAACACAAGUAUUUGUACAAGGUGUAUGUAAGGUUUUCAUGAAUCAGAUAAACUUGUAAUAUGUUUUGAUAUUAAAAGUGUUAGGAGCAUCCAAAUACUGCUUUCAGAAGAUUUUAAAGAUAGCCAACUUUAUGUUGUACAAUUCGCACUUCUGCUCAGCUUAACGAGAAUGGAACCGAUCAAAUUACUAGUAAUUAAAACAAAAUAGAUCUUGUAUCUGUGAACAGAAGAUCAAUUCAAUCGGUUGGAAAUGUUCAAAACAGAUAAAAAACAAUAAUUCAAGAGAGAGUAAAAAUAUUUGAAUUGUUUAUUAGACCACUAAGAAUUAGAGUUCCAUUCCAAAUGAACUUGAGUCUAAUAAAAACGGAUUUUGA